GUGGAUACUUGUGUUAAUUUGCGAUAUUUUUAUUAAAAUUAAUAUAGCCAAGUUUGUAAAAUUUCGACAUUAAUUGGCUGCAAAUAUUAUAUUAGUGAAAAUAUUAUACCGUAGUCAUAAUGGCUCGCAACCGUAUAUUGUCACAGGAACAAUUAGAAGGAUUUUCAAAAUACAAGUAUAAUUCAAUAGAUACGAGUAUUCUUAGUAAUUACGUUAUGCAUCCGUUUUGGAAUUGGUGUGUGCAGUUUUGUCCAAUGUGGAUUGCACCAAACCUGCUAACAUUCACUGGCUUCUUACUGACCGUCCUUAACUUUUUGCUCUUCUCCUACUAUGACUAUGGAUUUUACGCUCUAACAAAAGAGAAUGCUACCAAAGACCAAAUCCCGAGUUGGGUGUGGGCGGUGAGCGCAGUUAACCUCUUCGUGGCUUACACACUAGACGGCAUCGACGGCAAGCAGGCGCGGCGUACGGGCGCGAGCGGGCCGCUGGGCGAGCUGUUCGACCACGGCCUCGACUCCUACUCCGCCGUGCUCAUACCCACCUGCCUCUACUCCAUAUUCGGCAGAGAUGAGCUAAGUCCGCUCCGCUACUUUUUCGUGAUAUGGAACAUAUUCCUGAACUUCUACCUGCCGCACUGGGAGAAGUACAACACCGGCGUCAUGUUCCUACCCUGGGGAUACGACUUCACCAUGCUUGGCUCGUGCGUGUUGCUGCUAGUAACAUCGGCGGUGGGGGCGCGCGCGUGGCACGUGCGGCUGCCGGGCGGCCUCACGCCGGGCUUGGUGUUCGAGGUCGUCCUGUACCUGUCCGCCAUGCUCACCUCGCAGACUGUUAUACUGUGGAAUAUAUACAAAUCGUACCGCGACCGCACCGGCAAGAUGCGAUCGUUCUCGGAGGCGGUGCGGCCGCUGAUCCCGCUCGCGACGUUCGUAGGGUUGAGCGCGGCGUGGGCGGUGUACUCGCCCGGUGACGUGGUCAGCACCGCCCCGCGCCUGUUCUAUGUGCUCACCGGGACAAUAUUCUCUAAUAUCUCUUGCCGGCUAAUAGUCGCGCAGAUGAGCGACACGCGGUGCGAGGCCGUCAACGCGCUGGUGUGCGUGUACGGUGCGGGCGUGUGCGUGGCGCUGCGGGCGCCGGCCGCCGAGCUCGCCGUGCUGGUCGCCCUCACCGCUGCCGCCACGUUCGCGCACUGCAGAUAUGGCACGCUGCUGGUACAGGAGAUGUGUGAACACUUUAAGAUAUCUUGUUUCCGGAUCAAACCAAAGGUAUAAAUGAAGUAGUAAAAUUCUAUCUGGUUCUGGUCAUUAUAUUGUAACAGAUAUUAAUGUAGAUUUUAAUCUUUUUGUGAUUUUAAAUCACUCGUUUUUUAAUCUCACCGUUGAUGGUUGUCACUGUUCAUGGGCGUACCCAGG